AUGGAAAACUAUCCAUUUGAAAUGUUUGCAGGAAGUUUGGUUAGUUCCAAAGUUUCACAUCCACUUCCGUACUCAAUUGGCGAUCUAUUUUGCCUUCCAAAUGAUUUAACUGUAACACAUGGUUUAACAGAUCAAAUUAUUGGCCAGCAAAUAACAUCAACACCAUACAAGUUUAAUAUGCACAAAUCAAUUAAGUGUAAAUUAAUAUGCAAAAGGAAAUAUACGCAAGAGCAAAAAGAGUUACUUUAUUACCUAAUCGAUAACCAUUACAAAAUUCGCUAUUAUACUGAUUCUCUUCCUGCUUAUGUUGAUGUUUCAACAACAGAAGGAGUUAGUCAGAAUAUAUAUGGUGUUGACAUAGGAUUUAGAGAACCACCGAACAUCCCUCAUAAUCUUACAGCAAAUGCACAUUACAUUUCCACUCAUCUUAAUAUAACCGUUCAUCUUUUCAAAGAUUUUGCACUUGGUAUUAACUACAUUAUGGGUAUUUCGCUUAUACCGAUCAGUCAACCUAAUCCUCCUCCAUGUACAUUCGAUUAUCCCGAUUCAAUUGAGAAUACAACAGAAUUUUUCUGGACAUACUCAAUAAACUUCGAUUACGUUGAUGAAAAACCCAAUGAUAGAUGGAAACUAACAGUUGCUAACAGCUUUACCCAUUCUAUUAAGUGGGCAUUUAUUAUCAAUGUUAUUAUUGGCGUUUUUCUUGCAUCUUUACUUUUCUAUAUCUUCUUUUUACAAUAUAUACGCCAACAGUCCGCUACAGCAUCCACAGUUACAGGUUGGAAAGCCCUUAGAAACGAUGUUUUUCGUCCUCCAAGUCAUCCUCUCAUUUGGUCAGCUUUUAUAGCUCAUGGAAUACAUUUAGUAUUAGUUAUUUUGUCCGUUAUUAUACCUUGCGUGCUCCAUAUCACAUCUCCUGCCAAUCCUUCCCUUUUGGUAAAUAUUGGUAUAUGGUCAUACCUUGUUUUAUCAAUUGCAGAAGGUUAUUUGAUGCAAUACAUUUAUGCAUCGACAGGUGCCAACACGAAGAAGUUCACAAUUCUCAAGGGAAGUUUAUAUGCUCAUUUAUCUACUUUUGCUUUGUUUGUUUUAUUGGAUUGUACGCUUACAGGCAAACCAAUGAGUACGGCUUUCAUCACUGUUAAUAAGUUCUUCCUUAUUUUCAUUGGUUGUCUGAUAAGUAUUUUUAAUGGAGCGAUAGGAUCGAUUUUAUGCAUGGUUUUCCACAGAUUCAAAGGUAUUGCGGAUUGUUCGGCUUUCCCACGCGAGAUAAAACCGCAGCCUUUCUUUUCUGAAGAAAUCAAAGAUCUAUUAGUCGGUUUUGCCAUAUUUUUACCUUUGAUUCCUGUUUUUGACCUGGUUGUUAAGCUUAUGUGGGUUCCUUAUGCGAUUUGGAGACUGUGGAUUGCAAUUCUUGGUUCAAUAACUGCAUCUCUACUUACAGCAUCAUGUUUAUCAAUGCUGACUACGUAUAUUAGGCUUACUAAGGAAGAUUACAACUGGUGGUGGCCGUCUUUGAAAGCUCCUUUGAUGUCAUCUCUUUUUAUGUUCAUGAGAAGUUUAUCUCCUAUCAUGACAAAGAUGGAUUCAACAUUUAUUGUGCCAACAAUAUCAAUGAUUGCAAGGAGUUUCCUUGCUUCUUUGAUUUUUGGAAUAUCUGUUUCUGCUGUUAGUGGAAUUGCUUCUCUUUUCUUUGUUGUAUAUGCGUUUGUUAAUAGACAAGCUCCCGCUUGA